AUGGCUCCGAUCACUUUGCCGCAUUUUGAAAAAUUGAUCAUUCGAAAUGUUUCUGAAGGCGAUUCAAACUCCAACUCUUCGCAACCGGAACCUUCCUCGCGUGGACCAGAAUCGGACCUCAGUGCUCUUUACCUGUGCCCGCUCGUGGUGAUAGUCGUCGUUAUACUGCUCGCUAGUUUGACUGUGUGGGUUGCCAGACGACGGUCGAAGCGCGCAGAAGAAAAGCAGAACAUCUGGAGAGAAAAACGAAAGGAAUCGCUCUUGAAGUCUCUUCCCGACCCCAUCUUAUGGCAACCGCCGAUCAGUCGUCAGGAGAAGGCUUCCUCUGGUGAGCCCGGAUCUCAAAAUUCCUUGAAUACGGUUCAACAAGAACAAGAGAUAUGCGCAUUUUGCCUGGAAGAGUUCAAAUCAUCAGACAUGGUCCAGAGACUGCCUCAGUGUCAACAUUUCUUCCACUCUGCUUGCGCUGACGAAUGGAUGACGCGAGAACUACAGCGUUCAGAGAAAUGGGAGUCAAUGUCAAAUUUAUCAGAGCCCAGCAAAAUCGAACGUACACUACGAAGUAUCUCGAUGACAUGCCCAUUAUGCAGAAAGAAACUUCAUGAGCAAUCGACGGCUGAGCUGACUGAACCAGAGCCUGCGCAUGUCCGCCAUGGGCCAGAACCUCAGUCAAUGAUGUCUGGAUCCGCGCAGUCAGUUUUGUGA